AUGGCCCUGCGGCCGCUAGUGGAGAACGGACCCCAAGACAAAGUGCACUACCCGCCGGAGAGGUUUCAAAGCAACCCACAUCACUUCGCAGCUUAUUACACGCCCUUUACGCCCUACGGCCACUACACGAACGCCCUAAUCUCUGCCGAGGAAGAUUUCCAACCUUUCCGGCAGCUGGAAGCCGCAGUGUCUGCCUCCCAGUCUAUACCCCCUUUCGGCUUCCACACGGCGCCUCCCCUGCCGAGCCCUAGCCAGACCCUCCAGCGGGAGCCGCUCUAUGACCUCUCCUGGUACAGUAAGCUGCCAACGUGGUACCCAAUUCCUCACUUCCCGAGAGAGGUGUCACACUUACUCAACGGUAGCCACGAGUAUCCAGGCACCGGCAAUGAAGACUUGGGCAACAUUGGUGGCCGCAACGACAGUGGCCAAUAUUGUGGACCUGAAACUUUGUUUCUGCCGCCCCCUGCCCCUGUGAAUGCGUCCCUGUUACCUGAAGGGCUGAAGUUCUCCCAGUUAUUUUCUUGCCCCCCCAGUAAUCAAUCUGAAGCUGCCCCCAAAUUUCUGAACCAAGAGGGGAAGCCGUCUCAUCGUUACCACUUCACCCAGGAAGACCUGCACUUAGUCUUGUACGGGGUCAUUCCCAGCCUGGAGCACUCAGCUCGCCUGCAGCACGCGAUUUCCGGGCUCCCUGUUCCUACAGACAGCUCUGGGUCUGAUUCUCUUCCUCAAACUCUGGAUAAAGACUCUGUUCAACUACCAGAAGGUCUCUGCCUCAGGCAGACGAAAUUUGGUGCAGUCCCACAUUUUGGUGUGUUCUGCAGUAGUCUCAUUGCCAAAGGAAUCAGGUUUGGGCCCUUUCAGGGUAAAGUGGUCAACGCCAGUGAAGUCAAAACAUACGGAGACAAUUCUCUGAUGUGGGAGAUAUUUGAAGAUGGCCAUCUGAGCCACUUUAUAGAUGGAAAGGGAAGCUCUGGGAACUGGAUGUCCUACGUCAAUUGUGCCCGUUUUCCUAAGGAACAGAACCUAGUGGCAGUGCAAUGUCAAGGGCAGAUAUUUUAUGAGAGCUGCAAGGAGAUCUACCAGCACCAAGAACUCCUUGUGUGGUAUGGAGACUGCUAUGAAAAGUUUUUGGAUAUUCCUGUGAGCCUUUACCUCUCAGAGCCGGGGAGACAAAUGUCUGGGCUAUCUGAAGAAUCUGCAGAGGGUUACAGAUGUGAAAGAUGUGGAAAAGUAUUUACCUACAAAUAUUACAGAGAUAAGCAUCUCAAGUACACCCCCUGUGUGGACAUGGGUGAUAGGAAAUUUCCCUGCUCUCUCUGUAAACGAUCCUUUGAGAAGCGUGACCGGCUCAGAAUCCAUAUUCUUCAUGUCCAUGAGAAGCACAGGCCUCACAAGUGUUCGACAUGUGGGAAAUGUUUCUCUCAAUCUUCCAGUCUAAACAAGCACAUGAGAGUCCACUCUGGAGACAGACCCUACCAGUGUGUGUAUUGUACAAAGAAGUUUACUGCCUCCAGCAUACUCCGCACACAUAUUAGGCAGCACUCCGGGGAGAAGCCCUUCAAAUGCAAGUACUGUGGUAAAUCUUUUGCGUCCCACGCUGCCCAUGACAGUCAUGUCCGACGCUCACACAAGGAGGAUGACGGCUGCUCCUGCAGCAUCUGUGGAAAAACACUCCCAGAUCAAGAAGCGUUCUUCUCCCACAUGAAGUUUCAUGAAGACUACUAACCCUCAGG